AUGGAAAGAUUUGAUGAGUACGACUGCACGUCCCCUCAUUCUCACCAGCACCCGGACCGCGUCUCUGAUUCUCUUGAGGAUCCGAUAUCUGAUGAGGAUGUCCAACCAACAAGGCUCUCGCUGGCCUGUGCUACUACAAAUAAGAGAGAGAAGGAUACCAGAAUGGCGGGCCACGAUGAAUCAACCAUCUGGGAUGAAGUUCGGGAAGAAGCUGAUGAGCUAGCCCAUGUGCAUAAAGAUCCUCAUGCUCGUAGUGUCUCGCUCCUAUCUGCUGGAACAAGCAAAAGGAGCAAAUGUGAAAACAAGCGCAAAUUCUCAAUACGUGGAUUCAAUUCUAUCGUGUCAGGCGUAAAGAGUGAAAACUCGUAUGCUGGGGAGCAAGAAGUUUCGUCAGGAAUGCGACCAGCUAAAACUGUAGAAACUUUGAUGGCUGAGCAGUUGGAAAAUAUCGAUGAAGACACUGAAGACUUGCCGUCAGAUUUUGCCCAUCCAACCAAGAUUGCAAACACUUCAGUUGCUGAACUUCUUGAAGAUCUACAGGAUAGAAGUGUCUCUUCUCUUAGAACACCAUUUUCGAUUCAUCAACAAACCAAAGCUAAGGAAGGGAAGCCAAAAGUUCCGACUUCAGGGAAGAAAAUACCAGCACUUCUAGGUCAGAGGGAUCUUGAUAGUGAAGAGCCCUCGGAGCAUGCUAUUGGUGAAACGUCUAGUGAGGAUGAAGCGGAAGAUACUGUUCGAAACAACUUGACUAUGGUGAACAAAGAUGUGAAGGGAAACCGAAAAACUAUGUCUGACCUAUUCCAAGAAGCUUUCAUUGCAACAGAUAUGGAGGGUACCGCACUCCCCAUGAGAUCAACCGGAGCUGGUUAUUACGGAAGGAUGCAACAGAUUAUGCAGAUGGAGAAAGAUAGGCAUGCUGAGUUCUCGAGGCAGUAUAACAAAGCGCAAGAUUAUUUAGGUGAUUCAAAGGGAGUUACUGUUCAAAUUUUGACAAGGUCCUUGGAAGGAAAACUAACAGUCUGCCUCUGCCUGUUGAAAGAAAAGAGUAACCUUCCCUUGACAGAUUGUGACAUGGAUGGCAGCAGUAGUAAGAGGACCAUUAUCUUCAGUCCCAAAAUAUGUGACAAUGUGGAUCUUGUAGAAGGAAACAUUAUUCACAUCCACCCACCAUGGAAAGAAGUGAAAGUAAAAGAAGAGGAGGUGAUGCUCUGCACCUACUUCUCGCAUCACCCGGCUUGA